CUCCGCGGUGCGAUCCGGGUAGACAGCGAGGCCGGGAGGGCGGCGGCGCUCUGCGUCCCUCCGGCCGGACCCGCCAUGCAGGGCCUCGCCGGGAACGCGAGCCGCGGGCUGCCGGGCGGGCCGCCCUCCACGGUCGCGUCCGGGGCGGGCCGCUGCGAGAGCGGUGCACUCAUGCACAGUUUCGGCAUCUUCCUGCAGGGGCUGCUCGGCGUCGUGGCCUUCAGCACGUUGUUGCUCAAACGCUUCCGAGAACCAAAGCAUGAAAGACGUCCCUGGAGAAUAUGGUUUUUAGACACUUCCAAACAAGCCAUAGGAAUGCUGUUUAUCCACUUUGCGAAUGUGUACUUAGCAGAUCUCACCGAAGAGGACCCUUGUUCUCUGUACCUCAUCAACUUCCUUCUGGAUGCCACCGUGGGCAUGCUACUCAUCUACGUGGGCGUGCGGGCCGUCAGUGUCCUGGUGGAGUGGCAGCAGUGGGAGUCCCUGCGCUUUGGUGAAUAUGGAGACCCUCUGCAGUGGGGAGCCUGGGUCGGGCAGUGUGCCCUCUACAUCAUCAUCAUGAUCUUUGAAAAGUCCGUCGUCUUCAUCGUCCUCCUAAUACUUCAGUGGAAAAAGGUGGCCCUGCUGAAUCCCAUUGAGAACCCAGACCUGAAGCUGGCCGUCGUCAUGCUGAUUGUCCCCUUCUUCGUCAAUGCAUUGAUGUUCUGGGUCGUAGACAAUUUCCUCAUGAGAAAAGGGAAGACGAAAGCUAAACUAGAAGAAAGGGGCGCCAACCAGGACUCAAGGAAUGGGAGCAAGGUCCGGUACCGGAGGGCCGCGUCCCAUGACGAGUCGGAAUCUGAGAUCCUGAUCUCCGCUGAUGACGAGAUGGAGGAGUCUGAUGUGGACGAGGACCUCCGGAGACUGACCCCCCUAAAACCUGUGAAGAAAAAGAAGCACCGCUUCGGGCUGCCCGUAUGA